ACAUAGUAGGUAUUGAGGAAAUGAUUCUUGAGUCUGUGUCUCUGUGUGGCCCCUCUUGCCGUUUUGUUGCUCUGGUAAUGCUGUUUCCUCCUUGAUAACAGAGAGCACUGUCCAGAGGGCAGGGCAGAGUCUGCUGGGCUGCUUUCUGUAAGCUUUCACUUUCAGAGGGUGAAAAGACUGGAGUGGGGUGAUUGUUCUGGUGGGAGUGAUCUGUGGGGGCCCAGGCCCGGGAUCUCUGCAGAUAUCUCUGUAAUCAGGGCUGAUCCUGCUUCCUUGGAUCUCCUGGGAACCACCUGCCUCAGCGAUGGGGGACCCUGGGCCCACAGUGUCUGACCUGGAGGCAAGGACUGGGGCUCCCAGAGCAGUUAACUGCAGGUGCAAACUCUGAGGGCAGAUUUGGGAUCUGCCAGGGUCCCUGUGGCCCUGAACUUACUCAAGCUGCUUACCUUAAAGAAGCUCCAGGAAGUCACUCAAAGCUGGAAUGAGGAGAAGCAGCUCUGAGGAAAUGGAGGGUGGCUCCAGUCGACCUUUGCUCUGCCGUUUCACCUCCCUGCUGCUCCUCCUCCAGCUCCCCAUGUGGAGGUCUGCAGAAGAGUUCCUGGUGAUUGGCCCCACGGACCCCAUUGUGGCAGUGUUGGGUGGGGACACCACGCUGCCCUGCUUCCUGUUCCCGGCCAUGAGUGCAGAGAACAUGGAGCUGCGGUGGUUCCGUUCCAAGUUCUCAGAAGCAGUGUUCAUCUACCAGAACCAGCAGGAGCAGAAGGAGGAGCAGAUGCCACAAUAUGCAGGACGGGUCUUGCUGGUGAGGGACUUCCUCACCCAGGGGCAGGCUGCUGUGCGCAUCGAGAAGGUCCAGGUUUCUGAUGAUGGGUUGUACACCUGCUUCUUCAAAAAGGGAGGCUCCUAUGAAGAGGCUACGUUGGUGGUGAAGGUGGCAGGUGUGGGCUCUGCCCCUCAAGUGCACAUUGAAGGGCCGGAGGAAGAUGGGGUCCGCGUGGUCUGUAUGGCCUCUGGGUGGUUUCCGAAGCCCCAGGUUCAGUGGAGAGACCUUAGCGGAGAGAAGUUUCUAGCUUUCUCUGAGGCCCAUGCCCAAGACGCUGAUGGGCUGUUCCAUGUGGAGGCCUCGCUGGUGGUGAGAGACAGCUCUGUGGGGAACGUGACCUGCUCCAUCCUCAACCCCAUCCUGGGCCAGGAGAAGACGAAGGCUAUUUUCAUUCCAGAGCCCUUCUUCCCUCAGGCUUCUCCCUGGAAGCCGGCUUUUGCCAUGAGCCUGACUGUCCUGGGGCUUCUCAUCCUUGGGGCUGGCUAUUUUCUCAAGAAGGAGCAUUCAGCAAAGGUACAGGCCCAGCAGGAACAGGAGUUUCUUCGGCGGUUUAAGGAGGAGGACAGGCUGACAAAACAGGAGGCACUGAAGACCAGAGAUGAACUUCAGGCAGAACUGGACUGGAGGAAGAAGGUUUAUCAGGCUGCCUGGAGGAGGGCCCAGCUGUAUGCACAUUGGCGGAAAGAGCAGUUCCAGAUCUGCUCUGUCACUCUGAACCCACGUUCUGCCCAUCCCAACCUGUCCAUCUCUCAGGAAAAGACAAGUGUGACCUGGAAGGACAUCUGUGAGAAGCAGAAUGAUGACAGAUGCAGUGUAUUGGGUCUCAAGGGCAUCAGUUCAGGGCGAUGUUACUGGGAGGUGGAGAUCAGAUAUGAAGAUAAAAGCGAAUGGGCUGUGGGUGUCUGUAGGGAAGAUGUUGACAGGAAAGACUGGUUCAGAGAGUGCCCAGACAAGGGGUUCUGGGUUGUGGGAUGGUUUGAAGAGGGAUAUUGUGCCUGUACUACUCCUCAGACAUGGCUAAGCCUUAGGCAGGCUCCCUGCAGGAUGGGGAUUUUCCUAGACUAUGAUGGCGGGGAUAUCUCUUUCUACAACAUGACCGAUGGGUCCCACAUUUUCUCCUUCUCUGAGGCUUCCUUCUCUGGGACCCUCUUUCCAUAUUUCAUGUUUAAUUCAGGAGACAUAUCCCUGACUAUCUGUUCCACGGUCGGUGGGCCCAAGGGGCUCCCUGUGCCCUUUAACAAAGCUCCUUCUACUUUGAAUGAGCCAGUGAGCCCUUCAGGGGAGGGGUUGAGCUCUGCCUCUGGUGGGGAUGGUGUUCUCCCAGGGUCUGAAUCUCCAUUACUUCCCCAAGGCUCCAAGGCUGUGCCUCCAUAGGGACACAUAUCUGUCCCUGUUUCCUCACUAUGGCUCUUUUUGGAGCUGCAGACUCCCCAAGGUGAAAGACUCUGAGGUGAGUGCUGGAAGGCACUGGGAGUCAUGCCUUUGUGCUUUUGGAUGCAGACUACUGAGGGAGUGUGAGGCUCUGAGAAUUGCCAGUUCUUGUCUUGAGUUUCUAUAGCUAGAAGAAAAAAAGCUGACUUGUUUGAGCUGAUUGAGUGUAGGUAGAAUUUGGCUAUGGGAGGUUGUUUUCCUUUGAUAAAGAAAAAUAAAUUUUGUGAACAUUUUAUACUUUUUGUAUAUGAAAGAACAGGGGCUGUAUCCUUCUGCAGUGUAGAGUAUGUUUUAUCGAACUUGAUUUUGUGCAGAGUGUACGGCCCUAGUUCUAUUUUGGGGGUCUAGGCAAUCUGGAA